UGGCAAAGCGAGACCCAAGAAUUCUGUCCCAGUGCUAAAGUGCUGGUGGUCGGGUGUAAGAUCGACAUGAGGACAGAUCUGAAUGUGCUGAGGGAACUUUCAAAGCAAAGGCUUAUUCCAGUUACACACGAACAGGGCAGUACAGUGGCUCGCCAAAUAGGAGCAACAGCCUAUGUGGAAUGUUCAUCUAAAGUUUCCGAGAACAGUGUCCGUGAUGUAUUUCAUGUUACGACCCUGGCUUCUGUAAAUAAGAUGCAGAAAAAUCUGAAACGCAGCAAUUCUAAGCGAGGAUUAAAGAGAGUGUCGCAAAUGCCUGGGAGGACUGACUUACUGGAUGACUCCGAGAUCAGAAAGGACCGGGCUAAAAGUUGCUCCGUGAUGUGAAGAACGAACUUAUCAUUAUUUGUAUUUAUUGUGCAUUUUGUACAGUAAACUGGCACAGAAGCAACAGGAUUGUUGCCUAGUCCAAGGUCGGCUAAGGCUUUUCCUUCAGCCUAGGCCUCAAAACUGGCUAUUUCUGAAUCCAGAGAGCUGUUGCUUAUUUAUGAGGCUUGCAGAUUGUGUUGGCUUCUUGUGGAAAGGAACUAAUGAAGAGGAUGAUUAACCAAGUGUUUGAAUGUUUGUGAAACUGUAUUGCUAAGGGAGAUGUGGGCUGUUUGUAUUGAGAGCUGGAUUUCUACGAGGACUAUGGGAGCGAUAGCUUUUUUUUGUGUUGUGUAGUAAAAAUCUAUGACACUCACUUUGAGUAUUGCCUUUUAAGACAAACUCUAUUGGGCUCUAACAAAUAAACAAACUAUAAUGUCACAAUUAUUUCAUUAUCUUCAGAAUUUAAGCAUUUACAUCCAUAGUUUUAUUGAACUUGCAUAGACUCUGAUAGAGAAUUUUGUGCAAGUUUUAUCAUUGUGAAGUCUCCUAAUGGAUUAGUAUUCUUCAAAAUGAUAAAGAACUUGCAAAAAGGACUGAACCUUCCCUCUGGUGUGACUGUGCCUUCAUAACUCAAUAGUGGAAAGCUUGCUGCUAAUCCUGUACUAGCCUACACUGACCUACAGAAAAAUUACACUUUGUAUUGGGGUGAGUCCCGAGUAUUAAAGGUUUUGCCUUAAAUUAGCUCUCCUUCCAAAUGUUUCGGGAUCAGGGUAGAUUUUCUGUAGCAGUACAUCUCAAUCAAAAUAUUAGUGAUUUGAAAUUUCUAUUCUAAAUGAGACACUAGGUGAACAGAAUCACGGCUGCGGUAUAUAUUUUCUUUCUCAAUCGUAUGCUCAAUACCUACGAUUUAGACAGGUCCAGUAUCAGAAUACAUUGCAUUAAUCGAUUCGUUGUGAAUUGAUGAUUUUGUCCCCAAGUAAUACACCUCGUCAGACUCUCUGAAUUUCUAGGGCAAGGAUCAGAUUUGUAUCAGCAACUGGCAUUUGUGAAUGGCCCUUUUUGAAGACAGACCUCUAAGUGGCCAACACAUUACUUGUUAGAAAUAGCCAAUGGGCAACUCCGGUUUAAAAGAGCUACAUUGAUAUAAUUUGCCCAUGAGCACUUCUGUAGCACAAGUGUAACCGAAGGAAAAAUCAAAGAUGACCUUACAUGUAACCUAAGCUUCCUGUGAUAGUUGUCACUGGGUUUGCUGCACUGGGAUGAAAUUGUGUGAUCACUUCAUAAUGCACAUGAGCUGACUAUCAAACCAUGUUGUCAUUCUCCUCAAGGGCAUGUGGCGAGACAGAGCUGAUUGUAACCUCCACUGCUGAGAGUGGUCAGGUAUGAGACUGACUCAGCCUGCAUAGUGUGUCAGCCCAUCUUGAAUUGCUUCAGUAUUUUUUCAUUUUACAAUAAAUAAUUCCAUCACUCUCAAAAUCAGAUGAUGUGUUACCAAUUAGUGAACCAGUAACUGAAGAAUUCUUGUUCUACUGUAAUAGGUCUUGUCAACUAAUGGUGUUUCCAGGUCAAACCAUAUCUUUGAAACAGAAAUACAUUUUAAGCCUCAGAACUGUUGAUUCACUGUAUAUUGCUUGAUAGCAGAAACUGUCAUUUAAUUAAACAAAACACACCUUCAAUAAAAUAACAGUGGAAUACA